AUGGGUAAAAACGAAGGACAACGAAAGCCAAAGAGUCAGAAGGGAGCCAUCACAUCAAGCCAAGCCGCUUCGAUUGUUUCAUCAUCAUCAUCAUCAUCGGGUGGUGGUAAUUUGGGCUUUGGAAGCUCUCUGAUGGAAGCAUUCAAUAGAAAAGCUGGUGUUGGAUCUUCAUCAGUAGGAUCAGCCUCAUCGGACUCUACUCUCGAUUCGACCGUUCAAUCCUAUUUGAAACAUUUGAACAAGAGAGAUCCAACCACCCGAAGCAAGGCUUUGCAAUCACUCACACAAUACAUUUCGGAGAAAGAAGAAGAAGAGCAAAUCUCAAUCUGCAAACAAAUACUUCCACAUAUGGAAGAGGUGUUUAAACGUAUUGCCGUUCUCGAUCUUGACAGAAAAGUUCGAUUAAAUUUAUUUGUCUUCUGGAAAUUGGUUGUUCAAAAAGUUGGUAAACAAUUGGGACAUUAUAUCAAGAAAUUAAUGCCAUAUUGGUUGAUGGAAAUGGUCGGAAUUGAUGACAAGGAUGUUUCCAAAGCUGCUGUCAAUGCUUUCCAUCAAGCCUUUGCUCCCGAUAAACGAGAUGCGGCUAUUUUAUAUUGUGACGCUGAAAUUAUGAAUGUCUUGUUUGAAAAUUUUAAUCAGACUGUUGAGUCAUUGAGUUUAAGUGAAACAGAACAACAAAGCAUUACCAAAGAAGAAGGAGAAGAAAGGUAUUCUCGAUUUAUCACAAGCUCAAUUCUCAUGCUUAACAAGAUGAUUGAUCUUUCAAUGCAACCAAAAAAAGAUGAAAGUGGACAACAGACUUUGACACUCAAUGAGUCAUAUUCUAAAAUUUUCCGUUCCAAGAACUUUUGGAAAUUCUUAGGAAUCAAAUCCUAUAACAAUAUUAGGGAAGCCAUGAGCAGACUUUCUAUUACCUUGUUAAAGAAUGACUUGUUGUCAAAAGAUGACACAGAAGUGAUGGAAAAUAUUGUUCCAUUUAUUGCUCCCAUAUUUAUUGGAUGUUUCAAUCAGCAGCCAUUAGAACGAACCACUCUUGAUUCACUAAUUUUAUUUUUACAAAAGUUUGCGCCUGAAUGCUGGACACAUGUGAAUAUUUGGAAACAAACCUUCCCUAGAUUUUUCUCCUUCUUGAGAGAUCCACCAAAUCCUGCGAUGAACUAUUCGAUUGUUUUGCCUUUUGUCUCCAUGCUCAAUACCGAGGUAUAUGGUGCGGAAAAGUCUGUCAAAUUUGUUUCGGAUCUAUUUGAAAAUAUUUGGGUUGGAUUCGAAAAGGUUUCCUCAUCGACCAAGCAAACGAACAAAGCAGACAAAGAUGCAAUUAUUGAUACUCUUUGUGACUGCAUUAUUUAUAUCACACUUCAACCAGACAAGUACGCAAAGGAAGACCAAAAAGAUGAAGUAUUGAAUUUGACAAGAAAUGCGCUCGUGAAAACUUGCACACAUUAUUUGACAAAUUCAUGCACUGUUAAUUUCGGAAAGUAUCUCACAACUGCCAUUGGCAAGUUGCAAUCAAAAGCCGAACUUGCAGAUUACAUGUCCCAAUUUUGGACUCGAACUACCGAAUAUUGUUUGGCCAACUUGGAUAAGAUUGAUUUGGUUUCUAUUGAAAUUUUCAUUUCUAGAUGCUCUAAAGCGGACAACACUGAUCCUAUUUUGAAUCUUGCAAACACCUUGUUCCAAAAGUCCAUGAAAACAGGUCAGAUUGGAGUUGCUUGUGCAAUCGCCUUCUCCAACCACUCGGUUUUAUCUAACACUUUGUUUGAAGAAAAUUUGGAAACACUCUGGCAAACCAAUCAACAAAACGAGCAUGUUCAACAAUUGUUGGGCUUAUAUUUCACACAAUUUCCAGAACAAUUUAGCAAAUUGGAGAAGAACCUUGAGCAGGAUGUCAUGUCUAGCUCUAUCUCACUUUUUCCAUUCCUUCGAUCUUUGUAUUCUGAAGACAGCAACUUUAACCAAACAAGUUUGGUUUUGGAAAAAUCUCUUCUCGCUAGAAAAGACUUGGAUAGCAUUGAACAUUUAAUUGGUCACAAACGUUUCACUUCCAAGAGAGAACUCCGUGCUCUAUUAACUUCCAUUAUUGACCAGCAUCAAGAUAUUGAGGAGAGAGCUGUUGAAUUUAUUAUGGCCACUCCAGGAGAAUUCAGUGUCGAUAUCAAUGUCUUGUUGUCAUUAUUUAAAACUUCCCAUUACGAUGUACUUUCUCAACUUCUCUCUCCAAAGCAAGAGCAUAUUGAUGAAAUUGGUGAUGAAUUUGAGGAAGAUGAAGAACACAAGGAAGAAGAAUUCAAGAGCGUUGUCACCGAGGAAAUGAAGAAUGAACUUUUCGACAAGAUUUCAGCUUACCUCAAAGAGACUCUCACAAUGAAUCCAACCUUAACCAACGAUAUAUUGUUAGAGCAAUUCUUGAAACUCAUUGAAAUUUCUGGCACUAAAAACUACGGUGAUGCUAUUCUUUUGAAUCACAACAAGGAUGAAGUGUGGUCUUUCAUUCGAGGUAAAUGUUCCUCUAAUCUUAAACCUAUAGUUAUUGGAAAUGAAGUUAUUUGGAAUAACACCAAAGAUACCAAUUUGAAUGAGCUUGAAAAGUCUGUAUUCAUGUACAGCCGAUUGAUUUGUGUUGCCUUGGAUUAUGUUGACACUGUUCACAAGAAUGAUGUCAACACUAGAGAGAACAAAUGGGAAUGGCUGCUCCAACAAGUUCUCCAUUCCUACUAUUUUGAAUUCUUGUUCAAUGAUUACACCAAAAACUUGAUCAAUGACUUUCUCUCCAAUAUCAGAAAGAAGGACGGUUUGAAUAUCGAGUUUUGCAAUUACUUGGCACAGAGACACGAACUGGAACUCUUGAAAAUUUAUGUCUCGAUGAACUCUUCAAGCGUCUCUCAAUUGGAUUGCAACAAGUUGCUCUUUGAUUCAUUAGAGAAUGUCAAUCAAGUAAUUGAAGACAAAAACAAAUCGAGCACUUUUUAUGAAAUUACUGACUCUCUCUUUGACAACGAUACUGACCUCACCAAUCUCAAUAUUGACUUGGAGAAAGUGACUGAAUGGCUUCUUGGUUGCAUUAGCAUUAGCAGUACUUUGGAUCAACUAAAAGAUCAAAGUGAAUAUGAUCAUCUUAAUUUAUUUAAGGUUCAAACUGCAUUGUCCAUCAUGUACUGUCGAUUGAAAAGGAGUAGCGAUAGCGUUGAUCAAACCGAUGAAGAAAUUACGAUGGAUUCGAUUAUUGACUUUGCAAAAGAAUUUUAUGAAAUGAUCAAACAGCAAAAUCCAACUCAAAUCAGCAUUAUUGUUUCAAAUCUUUUGAUCAAUGCAUAUACCACAACAAACAAUACUUCUUCAAUUGGAGAUCAUUCAUUCGUUGAGGAGUUUAUAUUGAGCAACUUGAAGCAAAUUACUUUGAAUUUGGAAAACAAUUUUGAACUUUUAGACAAAAUUGUUCAUUUGGCCGCAUCUGUAGCUCGUAAAAAGAAGACUAUCAAAAUUGUACGACAACUCAUUGACACAUUCUUGGCUUUAAACAGUCAAUCAAAAACUCUAUCCAUGCAGUACCCAAUUGUCAUGGAAAGACUCAUUACUAGAACUUCCAAAUAUUUGAAACCUCUUCAACUUGCUCAAAACUAUUCAGAAAUCAAACUAGAUUCAUCAGCCAUUUCUGAAAUUAUUGAUAUUAUUGAAUUCAGUCACGUCACAAACGCAAAAAUUGUUUCUGUGGAUUUAUUGUUACUCACCGAUUAUCACACUGAUGUUGAUCGAAUUAUUGACUUUAUGGAACGUAUGAAGCAUCACAUUUCUGAACAUUUCAAUUCCAUUUUGAAAGAAAGUGCAGUUCGUAACAAACAUUUGACACAAUUUGCUCAUCUCUACUCUGAGUACAGCAAUGAUAAUAACAAUGAAUUGCCAUAUCUUCUCUCAUGGUACUAUAUUUUAUCAUUGACAGAAAAUUCAAUUCUUUCACAACAAGGAGACUCUGAUCUAUUUAACAAACUCAAAGAGAAUCAAAUGUAUGCUCCAGUAUUGAGUUUAUUAACAUGUUUCUUAUAUAGUGGUGAGGAUGUCAUGUUCUCAUUGGAAUUUAGAGAGUUUUGUGACGAUUUAAUGUACAAAUUUUCAAAGGUAUUACCUCUCUUUGUUCGAACAUGGUUUAAUGAUUGUAAUGACACAAUUGCUAUUGAUUGGAUUCAAAAGAGAUUUUUGGAAGUUUAUAGUCCUGCCAUUGUGAGAGAAGAAAUUGCUAAAAUUAAGAAAUCAGAUGCUCUCUCAAAAACAUUGGGAGCGAAAAUCUCGAUGGGUAAUCAAAUUAUUGCCAAGUAUGAACAAGAUGAAGUCGUGUUAAAACUCACCAUUAAGAUUCCAGAUUUGUAUCCUCUCAAAGCGCUUCAAAUUGAAUCGGACGAACACUCUGCUGUGAAUGAGAGCAAGUACAGAAAGUGGAUUUUGAAAAUGACGACCAUGCUCUUCAGUCAAGUCACAAGCAAUGGCGUCUCAGACGUGCUCAUGUUGUGGAAAGACAACUUGGAAAAGUACUUCUCUGGAGUGGAGCCAUGCCCUAUUUGCUACUCGGUGGUAUCAGGAAGAGAUCACCAAUUGCCAAAAAUUGAAUGUAAGGUGUGUCACAACAAAUUCCAUGGAGCAUGUCUGUAUCGUUGGUUCUCGACAAGUGGAAAUCAAUCGUGCCCAAUGUGUCGGUCGGUAGGUCAAUUCAAAUAA